AUGGCGUUGAUUACGGGCGGCCUGGGCGGCCUGGGCAUGCUGGCGGCCAAUGAGCUGGCCAUUGCCGGCAAGGACCACGUUGUGGCAACCUCCCGGAGUGGUCGUCCCACGGGCAUGCCGCCCGCGCUGCAGCAGCUGAUGGCCGCCAUGCAGACGACCUGCCCGCACUACAUGGUCAAGGCAGACGGCUCCGAUGGAGCCUAUACUGGCAUGUCCCCGAAACGUGCACCGGGCAAAUCUCACGGAUAG